AUGCUUGCCAAUUCAGGCAGCGUGAGGAUUCUCAUCAAGGGAGGCAAGGUGGUGAACGAUGACUGCACCCACGAGGCUGACGUCUACAUUGAGAAUGGCAUCAUCCAGCAGGUGGGCCGUGAGCUCAUGAUCCCCGGAGGGGCCAAGGUGAUCGAUGCCACUGGGAAGUUGGUGAUCCCUGGAGGCAUUGACACCAGCACCCACUUCCAUCAGACCUUCAUGAACGCUACAUGCGUGGACGACUUCUACCACGGGACCAAGGCGGCACUAGUCGGAGGCACCACCAUGGUCAUCGGCCACGUCCUGCCUGACAAGGAGACCUCCCUCGUGGAAGCCUAUGAGAAGUGUCGGGGUCUGGCCGACCCCAAGGUCUGCUGUGACUACGCCCUGCAUGUGGGGAUCACCUGGUGGGCACCCAAGGUGAAAGCAGAAAUGGAGACGCUGGUAAGGGAGAAGGGUGUCAACUCCUUCCAGAUGUUCAUGACCUACAAAGACUUGUAUAUGCUUCGGGACAGUGAGCUCUAUCAAGUGUUGCACGCUUGCAAGGACAUUGGAGCGAUCCCCCGAGUCCAUGCUGAGAAUGGGGAGCUCGUGGCUGAGGGUGCUAAGGAGGCGCUAGAUUUGGGAAUCACGGGCCCAGAAGGAAUCGAGAUCAGCCGCCCAGAGGAGCUGGAGGCUGAAGCCACUCACCGAGUUAUCACCAUUGCAAACAGGACUCACUGUCCAAUAUACCUGGUCAACGUGUCCAGCAUCUCGGCCGGUGACGUUAUCGCAGCUGCUAAGAUGCAAGGGAAGGUUGUGCUGGCCGAGACCACCACCGCCCAUGCCACUCUGACAGGCUUACACUACUACCACCAGGACUGGUCCCACGCGGCCGCCUACGUCACGGUGCCUCCGCUGAGACUGGACACGAACACCUCCACCUACCUCAUGAGCCUGCUGGCCAAUGAUACUCUGAACAUUGUGGCAUCAGAUCACCGGCCUUUCACCACGAAGCAGAAAGCUAUGGGCAAGGAGGACUUCACCAAGAUCCCGCACGGAGUGAGUGGUGUCCAGGACCGCAUGAGCGUCAUCUGGGAGAGAGGAGUGAGCUUUCUCUCCCACCCCUGCCUCUCCACCAGGACCAUCUCAGCCAGCACCCAGGUGCAGGGAGGAGACUUCAACCUGUACGAGAACAUGCGCUGCCACGGCGUACCGCUGGUCACCAUCAGCCGGGGACGAGUCGUGUAUGAGAACGGUGUCUUCAUGUGCGCUGAGGGCACUGGCAAGUUCUAUCCCCUGAGGUCCUUCCCAGACACUGUCUACAAGAAGCUGGUCCAGAGAGAAAAGACCUUAAAGGUUAGAGGAGUGGACCGUACUCCCUACCUGGGGGACGUAGCUAUCGUUGUGCAUCCCGGGAAAAAAGAGAUGGGAACGCCACUCGCAGACACUCCUACUCGGCCUGUUACCCGACACGGGGGCAUGAGGGACCUUCACGAGUCCAGCUUCAGCCUCUCUGGUUCUCAAAUCGAUGACCAUGUUCCAAAGCGAGCUUCGGCUCGGAUCCUCGCUCCCCCCGGAGGCAGGUCAAGCGGCAUUUGGUAA